GCUCAAAGUCUCAGAAAUCCAUCUAGUCUACAACGUUUUCUAAUGGAGGAGCGACAAGAACCAGAAGUACCUCCAAACACUGAUCAUGGCCAGCCAACACAAACCUACCUCUGUGAAGAGUGCAGCUUAAACCCAUCAAAAUACAGAUGCCCAGGUUGCUCUUUUCGCUCUUGUAGCCUUCCCUGCGUCAAAGCCCACAAGCAACGCACUGGUUGUACGGGAAAGCGACCCAGAACUCAAUUUGUCCCCCUUUCUAAAUUCGAUGACAAUCUUCUCAUCUCUGACUACAAUUUCCUGGAGGAAGCAAAGAGAGUUGCUGAAUCUGCGCAGAGAAUGCGAUAUGGGAAGUUUGGGGAUUUCCAUUUCAAGCUGCCCUUUAAGCUUAAGAUGCUUAGGAAUGCGGCAGGUCGCCGUAACACACGACUUCUUCUUCUCCCGAAAGGAAUGUCGAAGAGAGAGAAAAACCAGUCACGAUACGACCAAAAGAAGAAUUCCAUUUUCUGGACAAUUGAGUGGCGUUUUCAUUCAACAGAUGUUAUACUAAUCGACCAUGGGGUAGACGAAAACACGAACUUCUGCUCCAUUAUUGAGAAACAUCUGCAGCCUGGACCUUGGAAUCAUCAGUUAACACCAUUCUUUAAGGAGUUGGAUAGUCUCAGGUUCUUCAUCGUUAAAAACCCUAAGGGACCCAAAUCCCCUUUUCGUCAGUUGGACAUUAAGGCCCCAAUAAGGCAACAGUUGACUGAUAUAGUUGUCAUUGAGUACCCUGUUGUUCAUGUUUUUCUCCCUUCAGAUAGAUUUGGCUUUGUAAUUAGUAAAGAUGCAAAAGCAAUCCCACAAAAGUCAGUGAGUAGGUUAUCUCUGAAUGAUGAACAACCAAGCCCGACAGGUGUGCUUUUCAGGGAGGAGGAAAUAGAAGACAAUUAUGACAUCUGUGAUCCACAAAUUUUGGAUCUUAUGGAGUAUAUGAAUUCAGAGCCUUUGGAUUAUUUGCAAGUUGUCAAUAGGAGAGCUGAUGAAAAAGUUAUUUCUUCAUAUGCACAGUUGGCUGAAGUUUCCCGAGAUCUCACACCUUUGUCGAAAAAUGAAUCACAAAUGUGUAGAGAAAACAACAUAAGUACUUUGAGUUCCAGUUCGAACAAAAUAGUAAUUGCCGAAAAUAUCGGUUUUGAUUUUGACCAGGAUCUUAAGGAUAUUUAUUCAGGCCUUAUGGAGCAAGCUAACCCUGAUGGCUUUCUUGACCUGGAAGGUGGUUAUAUCAAGGAAGGGUUUCUGGAGGAUAUGAGAGAGUCCAAUGAUUUUAGUGGAGUUUUGUCAGUGGAAGAUGAAUUAGAAGAAGGGGAGAUUCUGGGGUUCUGAGGAAUGGAACU